AUGGACAAGCAAGAGAUCCAGCACAUGCACAACGCCGAGCAGGAGCGGGCUCACGACCGUGCAAUGGGCCGCGAAGAUACGGGCUCGUUCAUGGGCAACCUCAAGACCCAGAUCGACACAUGGCACUCGAACCGUGGCGACCGCUCCGUUGCUGCGAGCAUUAUCCCAGUCCCCGGACGCAACAGGACUCACGAUACCCCAGCCAACCCCUUCAAGGUACUUGGUCGCAUGACGCCACUGGCCUACGCUUGUUUCUUCUCUGGUUGGCUCGCCUGGUUCUGCGACGGAUUCGACUACUUCUCCGUUCCAAUCACACUCACUGACCUUGCAAAGGAGUUUGACAAGACACACGCCGACAUUGCCUGGGCCCUCACCGUCACCACACUAGUCCGCGUAUCCGGCGCCGUCUUCUUCGGCAUCCUCGCGGACCAGUACGGGCGGCGGUACACGUUGACGAUCAACAUGUUGCUGGUCUGUGUGUUUGAGCUCGCAACUGGCUUUGUGAAGACGUACCAGCAGUUCCUCGGCCUGCGCGCGGCUUUUGGUGUUGCUAUGGGCGGGACCUACGCUUUGGCGGUCGCGACUGCUCUUGAGAACGUUCCAUUCGAGGCGCGUGGUCUCGUCAGCGGCAUCCUCCAACAAGGCUACGCGAUCGGCAACCUCAUCGCUGCCGUCAUCGGCAUGACGACCGGCCAAACGUCAAAGUACCACUGGCGCACCCUCUUCUUCUUCGGUGGUGGUUUCUCCCUCCUCGCGGCCAUUGUGCGCUUCUCGAUUCCCGAGAGCGCCCAGUUCAAACUGGCCCGCGAAGAGGCGCGCGCCCAACAGCUCUCCAACAAAGACCAGGCCAAGCACUUUUGGCACGAACUCCGCGCCAUGCUCCGUACCAACUGGCUCCGCUGCGCUUGGUGCGUUUUCGUCAUGGCAGGUUUCUGCUUCCUUGCCCACGCGAGUCAGGACAUGUACACGACCUACCUCAAGGUGACCAAGAACAUCAGCCCCGUCGACGCAAACAAGAUUAGCAUCAUUUCCAACUGUGGCGCGAUUGUUGGCGGUAUCCUCGGAGGCAACUUUUCCCAAUUCAUUGGUCGCCGCGCCUCAAUCCUCUUUUCUAUCCUCUGGACAGCGGCAUUCAUCCCCCUCUGGAUCCUACCUCAGUCGUUUGGAGGUCUGGCAGCCGGUGGUUUCUUCAUGCAGUGGGGCGUGCAGAGCGCGUGGGGCGUCGUCCCUAUCUACCUUUCCGAAGUGUCGCCACCCGCCUUCCGCGCCCUUUUCCUUGGGCUCUUUUAUCAGCUCGGCAACAUGGCGUCUGGUGCUAGUGGCACAAUUGAGGCAGUUGCUGGAGAACAUCGCACGCUUCCCGGUACAAACACUCCCGACUAUGCCACGAUCCAGGGCAUCUUUGUUGGAGUCAUCCUCGCUUUCGUCGCGAUUUGCAUCAUCUUCGGACCAGAGGCGGACGCAGCUCACUUUGAGUUAGCAAAGGUCGCUAUCCAGGACGGAGCGGGAGAGGCACACAUGUCCGAUUACAUUGCGGAGGAGGACAAGCACCACAGCAAGCACCGGGUCGAGGAUGUCCAGCGAAAGGACUCGAAUGCCAAGUCGUUUGUCUAA